ACUUUGCAUUAGGGUUUUGAAAAGUUCACAGAGCGUCUCCGUCGGCACAUUCCGUCUGAAUUUCAGAGUGUCUCCGCCUCCACUCACCGUCGUCAGCCAUGGGUCGUAUGCACAGUGGAGGGAAGGGUAUUUCCGCAUCAGCUAAGCCAUACAAGAGAAGUCCACCGAGCUGGCUGAAGAUUUCAUCUCAGGAUGUUGAGGAGAAUAUAUGCAAGAUCGCCAAAAAGGGCUUGACCCCAUCUCAGAUUGGAGUUAUUUUGCGUGAUUCUCAUGGGAUUGCUCAGGUGAAUAGUGUAACCGGAAGCAAGAUUCUGCGUAUAUUGAAGGGACAUGGGCUUGCUCCUGACAUCCCUGAGGAUUUAUAUCACCUCAUCAAGAAAGCAGUUGCCAUCCGGAAGCACUUGGAGAGGAACAGGAAGGACAAAGAUUCCAAAUUCAGGUUGAUUCUUGUUGAGAGCAGGAUCCACCGUCUUGCUCGCUACUACAAGAAGACCAAGAAGUUGGCACCUGUUUGGAAAUACGAGUCGACCACCGCCAGCACUCUCGUCUCCUAGAGAAGACUUAUUUUUGUACAAGCCAAAAGAAAAGCUUCUUAUUUCAAGUGGGUGUCUUUUACAUUGUUAUCUAGCAUUAAUUUUUUACUUAAUCCGACAACAUGUGGAUUAUUAAGUUACGUUUUUUCUUUAUUGAAGUUUAGUUGCCUAUAACGAACUAUUAAACGCCCAAACCAUUCGGGGUAGCUCAACUCGUAAGAUAUUGGGUUCUUCUUCC